AUGGAAACACUACUUCGGGCUGCUGUAGGGCUUAAUGAUUUUGUACUUGAAGUUAAUAGACCACCUUGCUCUAGGGAAACGCGGCUGUCAUGGUUUACGGAACGUGAAUUGACACAAAAUUUGCAACAUCACAUUUGGGAUCGCGAAUCUGGGUUUAACCGAUAUAACAGACGUGGUUAUAUGCCUGUACUAACGCAUGAGCAGGAGUUUUACAAAAGCUUCACACCCAAUUUAAGUAUAUUGAAUGUUGGAUCGACACUUGGUUUUAUACGAAAAUUCACACCUGAUGGCAAGCUGCUACUAAGCUUCUCUGUUGAAUACAAUUGUUUAUGUGUAUAUAAAUAUAUUGGCGUUGGAAGAGUUCAACAUGCUUUAUAUGGUAUAGUGGACGAUGUGGUGCAAGCUACGGAUCAAACUGGUGUAUUACUUGCUAAACAAUUAUUUCCACUACUUUGGACAAUACCAAUAUUUCCUGAUAAUCAAACUGAUUGGCAAUUACAUCGUGAAUUUAGCAUUUUCAUUAAUGAGGGACGUUAUGUAUUGAUAGCCACCAAAAAUAUAAUGGCUCAUUCUAAUAUUCCGCGCCAAUAUUAUCUGAACUUUCCCGAUCUAUAUGAUGAUUCUGACAUUUUUGAUUUCGCAUUUCAUUUGAUAGAUUUACAAAGGGGUGUAAUAAGUGAUGUUUAUAGAUUACGUGAUUAUGUGUUUUUGUCGCAUAAUUAUGGUGUCUCAAUUGCCGGUAACACAAUUGCAAUAUUGUCACGGUGCCGUCAAUGUAUUGACGUAUUGGAAGUGCGUGAAGGCAAAUUUUAUGUAAAAUAUCAAGUAAAUAGGGAACAGGAAACAACAAGAAGAGAAGAGCUGGAACAUGAGUUACAAACAAACGGUGUACCGGAGCCGUUUAUGAAAGGAAUAUAUUCACCACUAAAGCAACAUUGUUUGUCAUACUUGUACAAAGAAGCUAUAAAUAAUGAAAUUGAAAGACUUGCAAAAUUACGUAUAUUCUAUAAGAACUUUAAAGCUUAUGAAGAAAUGUAUAUUACGAAAAUGCAACUUAUGGAUGAAGACACUCUGCUAAUACGCUAUGAAAUCCCAAAAAGAUCAACGUCCUACGAAGCCGCUAAUGAAAAUUAUACUUCACACAAGCCUAAUUUCAAAUUGUUUGUAUUUUAUUCAAUAUCGGAAGAUUCAGUAUUUAGAAUCUAUCGUGAUAACUCAACGGAAUUAAUCUAUUUGCAACGACACUAUUACGAUGAUUUUCGUAACGUUCGUUCGGCACAAACGGGGAGACCAGCAUCAUCAUGCGGCAAUAAUCCAUAUUUUCGGAACGCAUUUAAUUGCGCCUUUCAGUCGAGCGGCGAUGUAAAUAAGGCUUCAAUGCGGCUCAAUAACAAUCUUCCAUUCAAUGCGCAAGGUGCCUGCUGUUCACCCUAUUUUAACUUCAACAUGUUUGACUAUGAUGAUCGGAUUAUUGUCAAGCCCGGCCCAAGAGUACUGAAAUAUGAUAUAUGGCCUGAUUUGUGUCCAGUAUUUCAUAAUUAUAAUUAA